AUGGAUAAAAAUACAUUAGCAGAAUAUUUGCAUUCUUUAGACCUUAACUCUACGGUUAUGGAAAGCGAAUGUCCUUAUAAUUAUGACCCAAUGAGGAGCGAGAGGAAAUGUAGUUUCGACCAACCUUACAGGGAAAUAGACGGUUUUUGCAACAAUAUAAAGUAUCCUUUCAGAGGUUCGUCUAAUUAUCCAGCUCAAAGAUUUAUUCCGGCUGAUUAUGGAGAUGGUUUGAAUGAACCUAGGAGAUCUGUAAAGGGUGAGGAAUUACCAAAUGCUAGAAUUAUUAGUAAUGCAGUUCUGCAAACUAACCCAAAAAAUCAUUCAACGGUGACCAAUAUGAUGAUGAUAUUUGGAUUAUUGAUGGAUCACGAAGUUGCAUUCGCUUCUAGCCCAACAGGAUUUAUGUUUGGUAAUGUAAAAUGUUGCAAUACCGGAAGUGCUAAACUUCAUCCUUUAUGUAUGAAAAUGGAUUUUCCUGAAGACGAUGCCUUCUUCGGUCAAUACAAAGUAACCUGCAUGGAGGUGGUUAGAUCUUUGCCCGCUAUAGAUACGGACUGUCCUAGGAAUCAAAAUAAUGACGUCACUUCCUAUAUUGAUGGCUCCCCGAUAUAUGGGUCUACAAUAGAAGUGAAUAAUAGACUUAGAGCUUUUUCUAGGGGCGAAUUAAAAGUUCAACAAAAUAGCUUAAAUCCAAGGUUAAAAACAUUAAUGCCUAUCGCGAAUAUAUCGACUACAAAUCAAUGCGAAAUGAGACGCAAAGCUGGACCUUACAAAUGUUUUGCUGCUGGAGACGCAAGAGCUAAUGAAAAUUCUUUAUUGAUUGUUUUCCAUACCUUAUUCUUUCGAGAACACAAUCGAAUUGCACAAAGUUUGCAAAAAAUAAAUCCUCGCUGGAAUGAUGAAAGAUUAUAUCAAGAAUCUAGAAGAAUCUUGAUUGCAGAAAUUCAACACAUAUGUUUCAAGGAAUUUAUACCGAUCCUAUUGGGUCAAAGUAACUUGGAAAAAUUUGGACUCGGACUUAAGAACACUGGAUAUUUUGUAGGGUAUAAUCAAGAAGUGGAUGCUUCGGUUGAUCAUGGAUUUGUAACGGCAGCUUUUCGAUUUGGACAUAGUUUGAUAAAGAAUGGAUUUGAUUGCAUUGAAUUACUACGAGGAAGAGAACAAGGGGUCCCCAGCUAUAAUGAAUGGAGAGAAUUUUGUGGCUUGCUAAGAUAUAGGAAUUGGGAUGAUAUGAGGAAUCACAUAAUUCCUUCGGCUAUUGAUGGAAUGAGAGCAACAUAUGAGAACGUUGACGACGUAGAUAUAUUUAUUGGGGGAGUUGCGGAAAUAGUUCUUCGAAAAAAUGGCGCAAAAGAGAGUGACGGUAUAUUGGGUCCUACAUUUUCUUGCAUAAUCGGUAACCAAUAUAAAAAUUUCAGGUAUGGUGAUAGAUUUUGGUAUGAAAACGAUAAUUCUAACAUUAUUAGUCACGCUUUUACACCAAGACAAUUACAAGAAAUACGUAAAGUCAGGUUAAGUAGGGUGAUUUGCGAUAAUUCUUAUACUAUAGACUCGAUAUCAAGAAACGUGUUCAUUAAACCUGAUUUCGAGUAG